AUGAAGACUUCGCUCGAAUGCGAGCGCGCCGACACCGCCGAAAGCGGCGGGAAGGGUCGCAUAUCUUUCAGCGUAGACUCCCUACUCGGCAGUAAGAACGAAACACCGCCCAAAGACACAAGCCCAAGCCACAGUCCAGCAGACAGCAAUGAGGCCGCACCGGAAACCGAUGAGAGCGAUGUUGACAUCGAAGACGUGGAGUACAACGUGGGCGAUGACAGAGACGACCGAGAGAUCAACAAUGAUGGAGAGGAGAUGGACAAUAGAAGCGGUGUCGUGGUCCCUCAGCCACUACUGCCACGCCUGUACCAGGGACCGGCGCCGCCGCCCGCCUGGCCCUUCGGGGCUUUCCCCUGGAUGGCCCCUAACCCAAUGUUCCGAGCCGGCUCACCGAAUACUGGCUCUCCGAGUGGACCACCGGUAGUACGAUGUCAGCUUCGCAAGCACAAGCCGAACCGCAAACCUCGGACGCCGUUCACGACCCAACAGCUCCUAGCUUUGGAGAAGAAAUUUAGGGAGAAACAAUAUUUGAGCAUCGCCGAGAGAGCUGAGUUCUCGUCGUCUCUUCGGCUCACAGAAACUCAGGUGAAAAUUUGGUUCCAAAAUCGAAGAGCCAAAGCGAAACGACUCCAAGAAGCCGAGAUCGAGAAACUGAGACUAUCCGCCCGACCACUUCUGCCGCCCUCCUUCGCGUUAUUCGGUAGCGGGGGUGCUCCUCCCCUGUUCGCUGCCAUGGCCGCCGCCUCCAGACCCCAGCUGAGCUUCCUAGGCGGCCCUCCGAGCCAUCAACACGCCAUCAACAUGAACAUAUUAAACUCUCUACAGCCGCAUUGA